GUCCGGCGCUCCUCUCCCAAAGGUGGCCAACAUCCAAACGUGCGCUGGAAGUGGCCCGAGGUCCCAAAGCCUCGGGUCAUCGUGGAGCUUGGGGGCAACCGUGGUGAAGACCUGCAGGCCUUCCUGACGCUCUACCCCCACGCUCACAUCCACAGCUUCGAACCCGUGAAGUCGCAUUACGACUACCUGUUGCAGAAGUUUUCGGCGCCUAUAAGCGAGGGGCGCGUGAAGAUCUACAACUUGGGCGCCUCCGAUGCGGAUGCCAAGGUGACUUUCCGAACCGACGGCGACAUCUCUGCAUCCUCCGCGUACGGUGCUGUACAGCGGCGCAAGGAGAAGCCUAGAUUUGAGGACGUUCAAGUCCGUGACAUCCACAAGCUGCUGCAGAAUGUCGUACAUGCAGAGAGGCGACCGAUCGACGUCUUCAGCGUGAACUGCGAGGGCUGCGAGUAUGCGGUCUUGGAGCGCUUGAGAGACACGGGCUGGUUCAGCAAGAUCAAGGUGCUGCAGGUCUCCUGGCACGUCUCCAGCUCCAUUCCCAGGAGAAUUGGCCGACGCUGUCGACUCGCGAAG